AUGGUGAUGCACUGCUGGGAGCUGAUCUACGGAAAAUGUUACUUAGUGGUGCCCUAUAAUUUCACAUGGGACAGGGCACACCAGUUUUGUCGGAAGUAUGGAGCCGUGUUGGUCGAACCCAAGGGCUAUACAUUGACCGACGUGAUAUCUCACCUAGCAACCGUUAGAGGGGUUGGCAACUACUGGACAGGUUACAACCGAAGACUUAUGGACUCCGCACCUGAGUACAAGGGUCAGUGGAGCGACGGACGCGAUGCGGGUGUCGAGGAAGGAGUUUGGGCCCCUAACGAGCCGAACAUCACUUCCGGUCAAUGCGCGUACGUCGGUGAUCCCUGGGACUCAACGGAUACUCAACGGUGGUGGUACAUGGCGUCAUGCGAAAACGUGAUGAUGAGCGUUUGUGAACGGACGCCAUGCCCGGCAGACACGUUCAGCUGUGGUAAUGGUCGAUGUGUGGGUUUCCCGACCGUCUGUAACUCGGCCAACGACUGCGGAGACUAUAGCGACGAAAUGGACUGUCCAUCCCUUUGCGCGCGCAGCUACACGUCUGCCAGCGGGAGCGUUUCUGUGGGAUCAUCUAACUACACCUUUUACGCCAGAUGUCUGUACAGCAUACACGUGGAUAUGGGCAAGAGAAUUCACCUUAAGGUUGAGUACAUGGCGCAACCAUUUAAUUCUUUCGUCACGGAGGAGCACAUAGACUUCGUGGAGAUCUGGGAUGGCGGUCCUACCCUAUCAACCAGCACCCUAAUUACCAGGUUGUCAGGCCACUCUAUUGGCGCCUUCAAGUCGUUCAGCAGCAGCACCAAUCAUCUCAUCAUUCAGUUCCUAACAGACGCUACGGUUCAGAAAGCUGGGUUCUCGUUUUCAUGGAGUACAGACUACAUCUGCGAAGUUCUGGAACAAACGGGGUUUAAAUUCGCGGAACCGACUGAUGGCUACACAAAGUCUCUAUCAGGCACACAGACGGUCGCCAGCUGCGUUACUGAAUGUGACAGGAACGCCAAUUGUUGGGGAUUCCGGUUGACUGAGACCGCCACUCAGCAGUCGUGCAUCAUGGUCGAGGAACCCGCGUCUCUCGUUGCUGACACACAAGGAACAGUCUACGUUAAAACUUGCCCAGGGGUUACACGCUCGCAAGUGAUAUUACCUGACAUACCCACCGUGAGUGCUGAUCUGUUGGCAGAAGACCUUCCACAGUACCUGUACUCUCCACGCUUUCCACUGUUCUAUAUCGGGAACUACCAGCAGGCAUUCCAUAUCAGAUCAACAGCCAACAGGCUUAUCACCCUUCAGAUCCUCUCUAUUGACCUGUGCUGUAUGGACCAUGUUGACAUCUUUGACGGCGCCAGCUAUGCUGCAGGGCUGCUGGUAACCCUCGAGAGGCACAGCAAGCCCACCAUCCUGGUCUCCAGUGGACAGGACCUCUAUAUACACAUGGACCUUAUGCAUCACUGGAACUGCUCUGGUGUCCUCAUGAAAUACACAGAGGGCUGUGAUGUAGUGUUAAGUGAUGACUCUGGCACAGUGACCUCCCCUGGCUACCCAGCAGCCACCUAUCCAGAUAUCGCCACCUGCUCGUGGAGUAUACAGCCAGCCUCGGGCAGGAGUGUCAAGUUAAAGUUCUCUGCUUUUGAAACGGAAAAGGACAAGGAUUAUCUGAAGAUCUAUCAAGGUUCCAACACCAGUGGCCUACCCCUGUUCAAUGGCUCAGGACCCUCCAUUGACCCGGUCACUUUUUUGUCAUCGCAAGGCUUCUUCCUGCAGUUUUCCACCAGCGGAGUGGAGGGUCGGGCAGGAUUUCAUGCAGAAUACAGUUCAGAUUUCUUCCUUGAAACUGGCAUUCAGGGAUUUACUUUCCUCUUUUUUUCUGCACAUUUCACCCUUGAAACAGACAUUAAGGUGUGUGAUUUCUUCUUCUUACAGCAGAUUUCCUACUUGAAACGGGAGCUCUAG